CGGGCAAGCGAGGCUGAUGGCUAAAUCCGUAACGUGUUCUGCUCCUGUAAACAUCGCUGUUAUCAAAUACUGGGGAAAGAGGGACGAGGAGCUCGUUCUUCCCGUCAACUCGUCGCUCAGUGCAACUCUGCAUCAGAACGAGCUGCGGGCAACGACAACUGUAUCACGGUGCGAGUCGUUCGACAAAGAUAGAAUGUGGUUGAAUGGCAGAGAGCAAUCCAUAGACAACCCGCGAUUACAAGCGUGCUUGCGAGAAAUACGGAAAAUAGCCGAAAAUGGUCGAGCCAAUGAACACAUUCAUAUUUGUUCCGUUAAUAACUUUCCGACUGCCGCUGGCCUCGCAUCAUCAGCCGCUGGAUAUGCCUGUUUAGUAUUUUCUCUAGCGAAGCUGUUUGAGAUUGAAGGGGACACAUCAACAUUGGCCAGACAAGGAUCAGGAAGUGCCUGCCGCAGCAUGUAUGGUGGGUUUGUGAGGUGGAACAAAGGCUCAUCUCUUGACGGAUCUGACAGUUGUGCUGUCCAAAUUGUUUCUCAUAAUCACUGGCCAGAAUUAGAAGUUCUAAUUUUGGUGGUCAACGAUCAAGCAAAAGGAACAAGCAGUACAGUAGGGAUGCGUCGUAGUGUAGAAACAAGUGAACUUCUUAAGCACCGGGCAGAGGCAAUAGUACCACCUCGUCUCGCCAAACUAGAAAAAGCCAUACAAGAGAAAGAUUUCAACACAUUCGGGCUCUUGACGAUGCAGGAGAGCAACCAGUUUCAUGCUGUUUGCCUUGAUACUUACCCUCCCAUUGUGUACAUGAGUGAAAUAUCCAGACAAAUAGUGAAUAUCGUAACAUGUUACAACGACUAUCACAAAACCAUCAAGGCAGCAUAUACAUUUGAUGCUGGUCCAAAUGCUGUGGUCUACGUCCAAUCUGGUGACAUUCCAGAAUUCCUAGCUCUCGUCAAACACUUCUUUCCACCUUCUGACAGUACAGACAGUUUUAUACGUGGCAGGUCCACAUCAACGGGAGAUACUCCUCAAAUAGAGGAACUGUUGAGGCGUAUGGCGUCACAGCUGCGUGUUCCUGGUGCACUACGCUACAUUAUACACACAGCUGUAGGACCUGGACCUCAAGUUCUGGAUCCAGAAAAUUCUCUACUUGGACCAAGUGGACUACCAAAAACACAAUUCCUACUCUAAUCAGCCUGACAGUUAAUUAUGUCCAGUUGAGCACUUUCCAUCCACUAAUCGGGAAUUUGACUGCAGAAGAAUUAACGACAGGUCUUACCUACCAUACGAUUUGUAAAUGGUGUAAAUGCAACUAACCUGUCUUCCACCAGUCUUCGUUGAGGCCAAUAGACUUUGAAUUGAAAUUUUGUCUUUGGAAAAGAACCCUAGAGUAGCAAAAUGUUGUGGUAGACAAGAAAUAAACU